AUGAAGACGUCGAAUUCUGUGAUUCUGACGACGUCGAUGGCGCCAGAAGCGCUAUGGGCUCCUCCAGACGACGUCGUCAUGAAGGAGAACGCCUUCUUGACGCAGAUUUCGACCAUUUUGGCCCCAAGUGAGUGAUUUUGAAUGCAUUUUUUGAUAAACGAAAGGCCUGAAGAUUUAACGAAUGUUCUGAUGGGCCGUUUUUUAUGUUGUGACUUUUUAUGUUGUGACUUCCACUAAAAUUAGCCAAAAAAAGUAAAUUCGCAAAAUAAACUAUCCAAUUCCGGGAGUCCCACUGAGUUCAGAAAUUUUCCUGACUAAUUUUCUGAAUUUUUUCAAAUUUUCUCUGGUUCAAAAAAAUCGUUGAGUCAUUCUCCAUGCGACCAAUAUCCUCUAGACGUGGUUGAUUAGCUAAAAAAAAAGGCUUAUUGGAACCAUUCUCAAUUUCCCCCACUUUUCGGGCAAUGUCGGAAUGGGAUAUUAUGGCCGCUAAAAGGAACAGGCUCAAAAAAGGCCCCAAAAAGGUAGCAAAAAGGUGGCAAAAAGGCUGCAAAAAAAGUCCCUUUAUCGAGCAUUCGAUUUUUCUGGGAUUUUAAAGGUUCAAGAAAUGCUGAAAAAAGGGAUAGGCAGGCAAAAAUGGUGCAGAAGGGCCGCAGAAAGUCCCCAAAAAGGCUGCAAAAAGGCUGCAAAAAGGUUGCAAAAAGGCUGCAAAAAGGCUGAAAAAAGGCUGUUUUUCUGGGAUUUUAAAGGCUCGAGAAAUAGUGGAAAAAGAGAGAGGCGGCCAAAAUGGUGCAUAAGGGCCGAUGAAAGGGCGCAAAAAUGCAGCAAUAAGGAGCCUUUUUCCACCCUUUCCGACAUUUUCAGACAGUCCAAUCUCCUUGGGUCUUUUCGUCGUCGACAACAUCCUGUCCAUUUUCCACUUUGUCGUCUCUUCCUUCAUCCUCAACGACUUCUCAACCACUUACCUAUCCAAAGUCUACCUACCUUGUAUGAUUCAGAAAAUCUGUCGCAUUGUAUCUUUCUUCACCAACAGUUUGGACUAUGAGUGGGCUUUCUUUUCGAACUUCUCAAAAUGGAUUCCGAUUCAGACUCUGGCUGAUCAACAGCAUCGUCAACCAAAUAUUCAUUACCGCGAUUCUUCUCGGAACCAUCGCAUAUCUCGGAAUGUGUGCUUAUGUCGCCCAUCGACGUCGUCAAAUUUCUCCUGUUUUCGUGACGUGAGAAUUUCUUCUUUUUCUUCCUUUUGAGAAACAUCAGAGUGAUCCCUAGAGGGGCGACUUUAGGGGCCCUUGAAAUGCGGAAAAUCAAUAAAUUAGCGUUUUUUGAAUGAAAAAAAUAGUAACCGAGGAUAAAUUAAUCUAGUCAUCUUUUUACUUGAUGUUUCCCCUAUAGGGGUCACUUCACUUUCCACUCUGAAAGCACUGAAGUUUGCUAUAGGAGCCACUUAAAUUUAACCUUCUAGGGAGCCCUGAUCAUCCCCCUAUAAGGGCUUUUUUUCUCGGACCCCUCUAGGGAUCACUCUGGAAUUCAGGCGGAACCAAAUUUUGCAAGAUCAAGAGAAAGUGAGAGAAGUGAGAGAUCAGCAAUUAAAGAGAGACCGACAGAGAGAUGAAGAAACUCUCUUUCUCUCGCGUCUCUUCAGAUAGCCGUGAUCUCUCGCUCCUGUUGAUAUUUAUUUACUUCUUUACCGUUUUUUAUUCAAAAUUUGGAAUUCUCACCAGUUCAGAAUCUUUUUUUGUGUCCUCCUUCUUCUGGAAAUCGCAUUUGUCUGUCUGUCUCACUAUUUUCUCGAUGAGAUGAACGGUCUUCUGUUGGUUUUUGCGGCACAAGCCGUCGCUUCCAUCGUCCUUCUGCUGGAAAUUCUAGUGGUGAGUUUGCCGUAAAGUUGGUAGCUAAGUUCCCGAUACUUUUGAGGUGUGUUUUUGGUUAGCUCCCACGUUUUGCUGAAUGAACUUCUUGUGAGAGCCGUCCUCAGUGAGUAGAAAAAGAUGGAAAAGCAGAAGACGUCGCUAAACCGGAUCCAGACGCCAAAAAGGUCAUGCUGUCGAUCUGGUGGUUGGCUCGAUGCGUGGAGUUCUGGGAACUUUUACCAAAAGUGUCGUACAACAACGCCAACCCCUACACUGGUCAGCUGCAAAAACUGAGACUCGGCAACGAAAACAGACGCGGGAAUCAGGCCGUUAUCUACUUCCAACAUGACAACGCUCGACCACACAUAGCCCGAUCGACGAAGGCUGGGUUGGAGACGUACGGAUGGCAUGUUUUACCUCACCCACCAUACUCCCCUGACCUCGCCCCUUCUGAUUAUCACCUCUGCUCCCACCUUCAACGAGACCUACCGGGGCAGAAAUUCGACGACAAGAAGCAAGUCAGACGCUGGUUUACCAACUGGUUUAAGGCACAGUCUGCCACGUUCUGAAGGCAGGGCAUUCAUGCUCUGCCCAAGGCAACAGACCAUAGAUGCUCAUGGAGAAUAUUUCUGAGGUUUGCUCCUUUAUUCCCCUGCUAAAAGUAAUAAAGUUUGAUUACACCAAAAAUAUCGGAAACUUAGUUACCAAUCUAAUAGAAGAAACCCUACGUUAUUUAUGAAAUAAAAAGAUGUUAAAAAAUAAGAUCGCGAAAAAUGAGAUUUAAUAUGAGAUUCCAAUAAACAGUUUCUUUUCUAGGAAAGUCUCGAGGAUUUUUCAAGAAAACAAAUUGAGCAGAAAAUAUAGCAAUAAGACUGUUUUCCAGUUCAUGUUCAUUUUCGAGCGGAGAAGCGAAAAAGACUCGGAAUGGAAGCAACUGGAAGCCGCGGACGAGUUGACCGCCGCCAACGGAGUUGUCAGCAACGCCUCUUCCCGACUUUUCUGGGCCUGCAUUUUCGCCUUGGUCCUUGUCCUCAUAACCAUCCCGCAAAUUGGUUUUUUCAUCAUAAAAAUCGAAAAAGCACACUGUUCCAGCUCUACUCCACAUCCCGACAACACCAGACUGGAUAACGUAUCAUUUCGUUAUUUCGUCGCUCGAAUCAUUUGUACCGAUAUUUUUGUCCAUCUCUGUGUUUUUCAUCCUUCCAGCCUAUCGGUUAGUGUAAGAAUAAUAUUGAAAGAAGUUUAGAAAAAAAAAUAUAGUGAAUAUUCAAAGAAUUUCUGAACUUUUAACGGAAAAUAGGUGUGUGUGUGUGGCAAGUGAUUCGUAUCAAAAAUCAAAAUAUUUCCAGUAUUUUUUCUUCGAAUUUCCAUGAAACAAUGCGCAGUGCAACUUGGGAGGUGAGAUGAGUAGAUUGCCAAGGGUGACGCGUUGCGUACGCGACGCGGCUUUUGGCGCGAAACUCCAGCUCAAACCCACUUUCUUUCAGUUUUUCAAUAACAUUCAAUCGUUUACGGUUUAAAAAAGUUAAUUGACCGAAAAUAAUGACAAAAAUUCAUACAUAAUAAAAAUUUUUUUCUGCACUUUUUUUAAAUGAAUAUGAAGUUCCCGCCAAGAGCCGCGUCGCGUACGCAGCGCGUCACCCUUGCCAAUCUGCCCAUCUCUCCUUUCAAGUCGGGAAGGAUUGGCUAUACUAACUUUCAUUUUUUGAAAAUUCUUUUCAAAAUUUUAUGAGUCAGAUAUGAUCAAUAGACUCCGUUUUUCGCGAAUACGGGUCGCGCCAGACCAGAAACGGUUUGCACGCGGAGGUAUUAGUCAUUCGCUUUUCUACGUUUUUCGCGUCGUCUUUUCUCUGCGCUCUCCUCGUCUCUCGGACACUCUCUCAUAAUGGCCUGUUGUUUCUAUGUUUCUCUGAACUCCACGAUGAGAGAACAGAGAGACGCAGACACUCGAAAAUUAUCAAGUCGCGGCGGACGGGCUAUAGAAUCUUAACCUCAAAACAACUUUUAAAAAAUAAUUUUUAUUUAGAUCGGCCGUGUUCUGCUGCUGCGUCAACUACCGACAUAUCAAGGCGGUCAAGAAGAAAAAUCGGCUCCAGACUUCGACAAUCGAGCCGUCCGUGGUGGAAUCUCCACAUCCAGCUCCAGAAUCAGCCGCGAAAAAGAGCAGCGCUAUUUUUUCUUCCCCAGAAAGUGGCUCUCCACAACCAGAGCCUCAACCAAUCUCAGAAACUAUUCCAAGUCCACCUCCCCAUAUGGAAACAGCCGCAAUAGCCAUUCCACCUGAACAUCAAACCAUGGGUCCGAUCGCCCAACUUCAAGACAGAAGAAGGAAAAAAGAUCCGAGAAAUUACUCUGUAACUUCUUCGGCGAUCGGCAGCGUCAUGGUGGUGCUGACGCCGUUGGAAUGA